AUGUCGGUGUCAUAUGACUUCUCGUCUGCUCGACUUCUUCCCAACGCGGUAGCGCCAAAAAGAAAUUUGUGCGGGACGCCUGCACGGCCGCACGCGAUAGCUCUCGCCAGCGCCCAGCGGCCUGAUCUCGUCUCACCACUCGCCACCAUCCCUGCUUGCCACUCGCCAGGAGCCCAGGACGGGCAGCAAUUUGGCCAGGUCUCCAGGAGCUCCAGAGUCCAGACGCAGGUUCUGAAAGAUAAUAUAUCAGGAUGGACUCUCAAGUCAGUGUCGGCUACACGUUGGGAGAGUCGUGUUGAAAGUGUUAAAGCUAUCAGAUUUCAGUGUGCAAACAUUCGGGAGGCUCUACUUCAGGUGGCCGAAACUGAUAAUGAUGUGCUGACACGUAGUGAGGCUUUAGGUUUGGCAAAAAAUGAACUUGGAGAGUAUGAAUUUAUAGUGGCAAUAGUCAUUUGGUAUGAGGUACUGUUUGCUGUUAAUUUAGUAAGCAAAAACUUGCAAGCAAAGGAUAUGCUUAUUGAUGUUGCUAUUGAGAAAGUGCAAGGGCUGAUUUCUUUCUUCAAGGGUACAGGGAAACUGGUUUCUUAGAGGCAUUGAAGACAGCCAAAGGUAUCACGAUUGAGAUGGAUAUUGAAACAACCUUUCGUAAAAGGUGAGAAAUUAAAAGAAAGAGACGGUUUGAUGAGAACCCAAAUGACACAAAUGCUGCCACACAGUCUGCAGAGGAAUCAUUUAGAAUAAGCUAUUUAAUACCUCUCGUUGAUCAAGCAAUUUCCUCACUUGCAAGGAGAUUUGAACAGUACGUGGGUUUUCGGAAAUUUUUUGGUUUCUUAUUUACCUCUGAAACAUUGCGGUCACUGGAUAACCAGAGCUUGAAAUCUUCUUGUGAUAAUCUUGAAGCUUCCCUUAAAAAAGAUGGCAAAUCUGACAUUGAUGGCAAAGAACUGUAUGUCGAGUUGAAGUUUUUUCAAGAUUUCCUUCCACAAAAAAAUAUUGGCGCCAGUUGAAAUUUUGAAGUUUUUAAAGCGGCAUGGUUGUUUUCCCAAUGCAAGUAUUGCGUAUAGAGUACUAUUGACCAUUCCUGUGACCGUUGCAUCAGCAGAACGAAGCUUUUCUAAACUGAAGCUAUUGAAGUCCUACGAUGACACAACAAAGGCUUACUGAUUUAGCCACAAUAGCACUUGAGAAUGAAGUGUUGGAGAAGAUUGAUUAUGAGAAUCUUAUUGAAGAUUUCAUUUCAAAGAACACUAAAAGAAUGAUGCUGUUCAAAUAAAAUUAUUCAAUCUGGAGUUCAUUAGGUAUGGUGCUUAAUAUUUCAAUUGCUA